UCGCGUUGGGAUCCCUUGACGAUCAGCCGAGGUAAACACAGGGCCACUCAGCACGCUGCAGCCGACCACAUCACGUAGUAUUUCUCCUGAUAAUAGGAGUUUUACAGGAACUUAGAGCUUCAAGAUGGCUAAAUGGGGAGAGGGAGACCCCAGAUGGAUCGUGGAGGAACGGCCAGAUGCUACUAACGUGAAUAACUGGCACUGGUCAGAGAAAAAUGCUGGUAGCUGGAGUAAAGACAAACUCAAGUCUCUGUUUGAAGGCAUGGUUAUUGAAGAACCAGGUCUAGGCAGGAUAACACUAAAGGAACUAACGAAGUGUGAGGGUGAAGCCACGGUCAGUAACCGUAAAGGCAAACUAAUAUUCUUUUAUGAGUGGGUGCUGCAUAUUGACUGGAUGGCCACUUCAUAUGAGGAUCCCAAAAAGGACAUCAAGGGCACCAUAGAAAUUCCCAACUUGUCAGAGGAGAAUGAUCCAGAUGAAAUUGAUGUUUCUGUCAGUUUGUCAGCUGGAGGAUCAGUUGGGGACAAGAUCAAGGAGUACCUCCGGAAGAAUGGUGCUGAAAAUAUCAGGGAAAAAAUCGUUCAAUAUGUAGACACUCUAAAGAAAGAAUAUGCAACAGACCUCAUCAAGCCAACCAAAGGGCAGGCUGUAGUGAAGCAGAGCAAAACACUCAUCAGCCCAGCAUCGGUUAAUAACUCUUCCAAUAUGAGUGUAAGAAAAACAACCGAUAACAUUGAGAAGAUGGAUCUUGGCUGCAAAAUAGGUACUUCCAAGAUUAAUGUCACUCAGACCUUCAAGUGCACUGCAGAUGAACUGUACAGAGCAUUCACCCAACGGGAGAUGGUGGUUGCCUUCACCAGAGGUGAUGUGAAGUUAGAAGUUGAGAAAGGAGGCAAAUUUGAAUUCUUUGGCGGUAAUAUAUCUGGUGUUUUUGAAUCAUUGGUACCAAACAAGCAGAUUGUGCAGACAUGGCGUUUUAAAUCUUGGCCAAGUGGCCACUAUUCUACAGUCACCAUUGAUAUAGAGCAAAAAGAAGACUGCACAGAGCUUAGACUGUCUCAAUCAGGAAUUCCAUACAAUGAGGUAGACAGAACGAAAGAAGGAUGGAGGAACUAUUAUUGGGAAAGCAUCAAGAGAACUUUUGGAUUUGGAGCUAUUCUCAUCUGAAUCACCGUUCUUCAUGCUGGCAGCGGGUAUCAAAUGUUGACCUUGUUAAUGUGCAUGUUAGAUCAUGUUUAACAGAUCUUGAGUAAUACAAUUUUGGAUUAUCCUCAGAAGUCGAUAUUUGACCAAUGUUGUUAUAUCACAGGUCAUAGAUAUUCUGCAAUAGCGUGGUAAUGUUUAUAACUAAAAAACGUUGCGUCAAACUUGCUUUCAGGUAGUUGUGCAAGUUAUUGUCCUCAUCAGGAUAGGAUCAUCAAAAAAUCAUCAACAUUUUCCGUGAAGACAGUUUUGUGAAUUUCUAUUUAUUUCAGGUCCAUAAUGUCGGUAUGAAUGAUAAUCGUGUUUUUUUUUUUUAACUUCAUAAAGAAAUGAAGUCUAAAACUCCUUGUGAAGUAUGUAGUGUAACAAAUAAAUAAAGAAUGUAUUAAAUUUG